GUAUUGCGUCACCGUGGGCGGAAGUGGCGCCGGUUGUUUUGAAAUCGGCUGGCCCGGGGCUUUCGAGUUCCUUCCCACGUAAAGGACCGCCGUGUCCUAAUUCCGGGCGGGUCCCCUGACACCUGCCUUUGUGCUCCUGCAGGCCGGGGGUCGCAGCCGCGCCAUGUCCACUCCUCCGUUGGCCGCAUCGGGGAUGGCGCCGGGGCCCUUCGCCGGACCCCAGGCUCAGCAGGCCGCCCGGGAGGUCAACACGGCGUCGCUCUGCAGGAUCGGGCAGGAGACUGUACAGGACAUCGUGUACCGCACGAUGGAGAUCUUCCAGCUCCUCAGGAACAUGCAGCUGCCAAAUGGUGUCACUUACCACACUGGGACAUACCAAGACCGGUUAACAAAGCUACAGGAUCAUCUUCGCCAACUUUCCAUUCUCUUCAGGAAGCUGAGAUUGGUUUACGACAAAUGCAAUGAAAACUGUGGGGGAAUGGAUCCCAUUCCAGUAGAGCAACUUAUUCCAUAUGUGGAAGAAGAAGGCUCAAAGAAUGAUGAUCGGGCUGGCCUGCCACGUUUUGCUAGUGAAGAGAGACGAGAGAUUGCUGAAGUAAAUAAAAAACUCAAACAGAAGAAUCAACAGCUGAAGCAAAUUAUGGAUCAAUUACGAAAUCUCAUCUGGGAUAUAAAUGCCAUGCUGGCGAUGAGGAACUAAACUGAUAUUUAAAUUUCCUGCUCUACACAUAUUAUGCUGUUGGUUUUUUUCCCUUAAAUAUAUUUUCCCUUUGAAAAAGAUUAUUUAUCUACUUUAAUUUUAGUUACUAGAACUAAAGUUCCUAUAUUUACAUUGUGGCUUUACUGUCUUCAUUAACUUUUUUUUUUUAAUGCUGUUGAUUCAAUGAAAGAGUAUUAUAAUAAACUGUGAUAGGGCUUGAGCUUUGGUUAGUCUUCAUGAUUGAAUGAUUGUUUAUAAAAGCAAAAUAAAGUUUUAUAUAUA